UGUGGAAGAGCCAAAAAUAGAGAAGUGGAAAUAACAAAAAAAUGUUUUAAAGAAGUUCAAACUGUAGCACCAUCCCGCUCACGCAGCCACGCUCCUCUCUCCUUAUAUGAAACACUCUCUGAAGCCACAGUUCACUCUCUCUGGCCUUUUCGCCUUCUCUAAGAGAAUCGAAAACAAAAAAAGAAGGAAAAAAAGCCUAAAAAGGAGAGAAUAAAUUUGUCUCUAGACCUCUUCAUUUGCGGUCUCGGAGCUCCCCAAAGAACAAAAUGCAGGUUCAAUGAUAAAAUUUUCAAUUUAAACACCAUGCCUCGCUCUUCCAAAAGGCUAGCAAGUAUGAAUAAAGAAAAUGAACCUAUUGAAAAUUUUGAAGAGCCCAUAGGACGAAUUACACGAGCAAGGUCUAAAGCCUUGGCGGCAGCAGGAGGAAUAUGCUUCUCCUCAAGACCAUCGUUCAAACAGGACCAAAAACAUGUUCUUGGAAUGAACUCUAAACGAGCAGCAUCAGAUGAGAACAAGGCUUCUGUGACUGCCACUGUUGGCCUUCAGCCUAAAAGAAGGGCAGUUCUUAAAGAUGUGACGAAUGCUUCUUCUGACAGUUUGUACAUGGACUGCAUAAAUGCAACUGAAAUUCAGACCAUCAAGAAGACUAAUACAGGCCCUAGUCAGAAGAACAAAGAAAUGGUUGAGGAUAACUCCAUGGAAAUCCCAUCAGUUGAAGAGGAUGUGAAAGCAAGGUUAGCUGAAGACUUGUCAAAAAUAAGGAUGGUGGAAGCACAAGAAAACACUUUACCAGUAAUACUUGAAGAAAGUGAACUAGCAGAACCUUUGAGUCAUUGUGCAAGAGAAUGUGCUGUAGCAGAUGCAAUGCCUCCAAUACCAGCUUCCAUAAUGGCUGUUGUAGUCCAAAGCCCUCAAGAAAAAGAAGAAAAUGGGGUUUGUGAGAAACUAGGAGCCUCUAAAGGUGUUGUGGACAUUGAUUCAAACCUAAAAGAUCCUCAAGCGUGUGGCUUGUAUGCCCCAGACAUAUACAAUAAUAUACGUGUUACUGAGCUUAACCAAAGGCCUUCAACUAAUUAUAUGGAACAGUUGCAGCAGGAUAUUACCCCAAGCAUGCGAGGAAUUUUGAUUGACUGGUUAGUGGAGGUUUCUGAAGAAUAUAAGUUAGUCCCAGACACACUUUACCUCACAGUGAGCCUCAUUGAUCGUUUUCUUUCUCACAAUUUUAUUGAAAAACAAAGACUCCAGCUACUUGGUGUUGCUUGCAUGCUAAUUGCCUCAAAGUAUGAAGAGAUUUGUGCACCAAGAGUGGAAGAAUUUUGCUUCAUCACUGAUAAUACCUACACAAGAGGGGAGGUGUUGAAAAUGGAGAGCAAAGUUCUGAAUUUCUUGUAUUUUCAGUUAUCUGUUCCAACCACAAAAACAUUUCUCAGGAGAUUCAUUCAAGCAGCACAAGCAACUUACAAGGUUCCUUGUAUAGAACUAGAGUUCUUAGCAAAUUAUUUAGCAGAGCUGACUCUUCUUGAUUACAACUUCUUAAAGUUCUUGCCUUCACUCAUAGCUGCAUCUGCCGUAUUCCUUGCCAGACGGACUCUCAAUCAGUCAGACCAUCCAUGGAAUCCAACCCUGGAGCAUUAUACUAGUUACAAGGCGUCAGAGCUGAAAACUACUGUACUUGCAAUGGAAGAUUUGCAGCUCAACACUAAUGGUUGCUCCCUCAAUGCUAUACGUGAGAAGUACAAACAACCGAAGUUCAAAUGCGUGGCAACAAUGACUUCCCCAGAAGGAGUUGUAUCAGUCUUCUCAAGAUGAAGGAAAGAUGAUUUAUUUUCUAAAACCAUAACCAUUCCCCUGCUUGGAGAAUGAUCAAAUCUGAUUCCAAUCUUCAAAGGUUUUACAACUUUCAGUUAUUCUAAUCUUUCUUAUUAUUUUUUUUUUCUUUUAAAUUGUCGCUUCAAUUGUUGUAACAUGUUGUCUGUCUGUUUCUGGUGCUUCCAGACCAACUUCACUGUAACCUUGUAAUUUGCUAGUGUCACAUUUUAGACUCUCGAUUUUAGUUUUUCUACAGGCAGAAUAAUAAUCUUUUCAGAACUUCCUUUCCACCACUAGAAUUUUCAUUUGCUAGUUUGCAAGUUGGCAAUUGAAGUUGUACUUAAUUUGAAGACGACUCUUUGUAAUCUAAUUAAAAUUUU